GACGGCGGAGCUCGGCCGGCGGGCACCGUCAGUCAGAGCCCGCCCGCCCCCGGAACAGCACACAACAUGAGGACCCUGCUGGUGAUCGCGCUCGCUGCGCUCGGCGCCUACGCCGCGCCUCUCAACACCGAGGUGGACCUGGUGCAGCCGAGGAGGGUGUCCACGGGAGGCGGCGGUCAGUCCGGCUUGGGCUACGAGCCGAGGCCGCGGAUCAGCUACCGUGACCUCCUGCGCGGCCUCGGCCUGGGCGGAGGUGCAGGCUUUCCGGGCCUGUUUCCGUCCUCAAACCCCAACUGUGACCGAGGCCACUUCCAGCUGAGCGAUGAAGAGUACAGCCUGGUGAUGGACUGCCAGAGGAGCAGCGACGAAAACAGCGAGCUCAAACAGUGUAUUGUCAACGCCCUGCCGGACGAGUCCAAAGAGCUGAAGGAGUUCUUAAACAGGGAUGAGUACAGCCUGGCCGGCAUCAGCUCGUCCUUCUCCAUCGUGAUCCUCGACGGAGAGAUCGCCCGCAAGCGGAGGGUGACAUUCCGCCUGUGUCCGGACGACGAGCAGAACACGGUGGAGGUGGCCGCCGAGCCCGAGGAGCCGUCGUCGGGCGCCGGCGGUGUGCCGUUCCCGGCGUUCGAUACCACUGCGCUCUUCGGAGGAUCUGGACGACCAGCGUUCCAGCUCCCUGACUUCUUCUCGCAGCAAAACCCGUUCCUGGACUUUGGAAAUGCUUUCAAGCCGUUCUUCCAGGACACCAGUGACCUGUUCCCCACAUUCCCUAACUUCGGCGGAUCGGAGGAAGGGACCAACGUGGACUACGAGAACUGCGUGUCGGAGUCGUUCGAGCUGCCCAGGGAGCAGUUCAACAAAGCCAGAGACUGUCAGUACGGCACUGUUGACUUCAAGCAGUGUCUGCGGACUGAGCUGGGUUCGAGUGAGGAGGCCAAGGACCUGCUCAAGUUCGUGGAGGCCGACGGCCACCAGAUCGUCGGUACCCGGUUCUACUCCUACGUGUCGGUCAUCGACGGAGAGACCACGCGCAAGAACAAGAUCCGCCUACAGCGCUGUCUGAAGACGGCCGAGCCGGAGACGUCGCAGCCGGACGAGGCGGCAGCGGCGGAGACAGAGGGCGCUGACGGCGAGCCGGCCCCGGCCGCGCCCGAGCCGGUGACGCCGGUCGCUCCCGCCCAGCCAGACCUCACCACGCCGCCCAACACGGACACCGCCUACACGCAGGGUGAGAUCAUUGAGCCUUGAAGGACACCGGAGCUGAGCUUCAGUGGACAACGUGUUUGCGCGAGAAGAAAAUGAAACCGUGCAUAACGGGCAUGAUAUAUGCCCCGAAAUAACACCCGUUGGUAGAGUACCACCAAAGACAUGUGGUGCCAGUGGAUGUCAAGUCGGAAGCUGUCAUUGGCUGUUAAGAAGGUGGAUAGAAGCCUUGGAGUAGAAGCAGUGUCGGUUUAAGAUGUGUUGAUAUUGCGGCGCUUACCGUUGUUCUCGGUGAACAGCUCUGGCCGUUGGCGAAGUAUACUUCCAUCGCGUUUUUAGGUUGUUGUAACCAACGCCUGGCUUUGUUAUUCGGCCAGUAACAUUAUGUGCAGAGCACGGCCGAAAGAGUACCCGUUGCAGCCGUAGUUUUGUUUACACAUAUUGAUUGACACAGCGGUGUUGGUUUAAUUUGUGAGGUCUUGGCAUAGCCUUUGUCAAGCGGGCACACACUUGAGAAUACAGUAUAGAUCCCAUC